CUCCGAGGCCGCCAUGGCGCUGAGCGGGGCCCUGGUGCUCCGGAUUGUUUACGCGUCCUUCGGUGCCCUGAGCGGCCUCUCGGCCUUCUGCGCCUGGAGCAUCGUGCCCGCGCUGCGCCAGCCCUACACGGCUGCGGCCGGGGGGCUCUCGGGUGUGCUGGCGCUCUGGGCCCUAAUCACCCAUGUGAUGUACCUGCAGGAUUACUGGAGGACCUGGUUAAAGGGCCUGAGGUUCUUCCUGGCCGUGGGGAUUCUCUUCUGUGCCCUCUCCGGGCUGGGCUGCUGCACCUUCCUGGCCCUGGCCAUCACCCAGCACCAGUCCCUGGCUGACCCCCGCAGUUAUUUCCUGUCGUGCGUGUGGAGUUUCAUGGCUCUCAAGUGGGCGCUGCUGCUCAGCCUCUACUCGCGCCGCUACCGCGCCGAGUUCGCCGACAUCAGCAUCCUCAGCGACUUCUGAAUCCCAAAAAAACCCCA